AUGACCACCACGGAAGGGAACGCUACGAGGCCAAAUGGUCCCGGAUCUGCGCCUCCGAGUCCCCUCGCUCCCCCGGUGGAGCCGGACGAGGAGCCGCAGUCUUCGAUCACGGACGUCACGCACGCCGGGAUUAAGUUCGCGAAGACGUUCGCGCUCCUCUUCCCCAUCUACGCGCUGGGCUACCUCGAGCUCAGCUUCAGCUGGGUGCUCAUCGGGCUCGCGCUGCUCUUCUGGUGGCGACGGACGCACGGACACCGGAACAUGCGCAUCAACCGAGCGCUGGCGUUCUUUGAGCACGAGGAGAAAGUCGUGCGCCAGAGUUUACCGUCGUCCGAGCUGCCACAAUGGCGCAAUCCUUUAGAAUUCAAUCACGCGGGGUUGAAGAAGGCUUCUGUCAGUAAAGCACUGAAGUCAGGGAAAAAGGUGACGAGUGACCCGAGCCCGUUCGUCCAGUUCACUGUGGGACACAAGAGUCUCGAGAGCAAGACGCGGUACAAGACCAAUGAGCCGGUUUGGGUGGAAGCUUUUACAUUCCUGAUACACAAUCCAAAGACACAACAGCUAGAGGUGGAGGUUAAGGAUGAGAAACAUGAGUGCAGUCUGGGCACGCUCAGUCUGCCUCUCUCUCAGCUGCUAGAAGCUGAACACAUGACCCUCAACCAACGCUUCCCUCUCAACCAAUCAGGACCCAGCGCCACGCUCAAGCUGAAGAUGGCACUCAGGGUGCUGUGUGUAGAGAAGGCGGGCGGGUCCGAUCAGGCGUCCUCUGUUCAGAUUCGCCGCUCCAGCUCCAGUGUCCCGCCCACUCCUGUGACAUCACACCCCCCCAACACACACCCUCACCCUCACAUACACACACACCCUCCUGAGCCGGUGGUAGAUCUGGCUCCGGCGUCGUCGUCGUCGGAGCCGGAGCGCGGACAACACACAGCGUCACACACACACACGCCGGGGUCACACACACACUCGGAGGACCCGCCGGGGUCGCCGCACAGGCUCGGCGGGGGGCGGAGCUUCUCCAGCCUGGCCGUCUCUGGUUCGCUGUCGCAGCUCAACAAGGAGCCAACCCCGUCCAUCGCCUCGGACAUCUCCAACCCCUACGCCACGCAGGAGCUGCAGCAGCGACUGGAGCAGCUGCACAAUGGGUCUCUUAGUUCUUUCCCCCUGGGGGAGGUGCAGCUGACUGUCAGACACAGCCCUCAAAGGAACAAACUCAUCGUGGUGGUGCACGCCUGCAGGAACCUGAUCGCGUUCACGGACAGCGGUUCUGAUCCCUACGUGAGACUCUACCUGCUGCCAGACAAGCGCCGCUCUGGAAGACGGAAAACACACACACUCAAGAAAACACUCAACCCUGUGUUUGACCAGACGUUUGAGUUCAGCGUGUCCAUUGUGGAGCUGCCCAGACGCACUCUUGAUGUGGCCGUGAAGAAUGGAGGAGGACUGCUCUCAAAACACAAAGGCCUUCUGGGAAAGGUGUUUGUGGAUCUGUCCUAUGUAGACAUCUCCAAGGGCUGGACCCAGUGGUAUGAGCUGAGUGAAGAUGGUUUGAGGAAGCCCACUCAACUGUGAGAAUGAUGCCAUAAGAAACUACAUAUCCCAGCUCUGAUGGACUACAAAUCUCCGCCAUGCUGAAACUUAGCGCACCUGCACAAUCUUUGUGUAUUAUUGGAUUUUUUUUAUCAUUAUAACCAGUCAUUACAUGCAAACACACCCACAGAUACAUACACACACACACACACACACACACACACACACACACA